AUGAGAUUCAAGUUGAUCAUAAUAUUGGCCACAAUACUAUUCUUCUUUGGUGGAAUAAGUCAUCUAUCAUACUAUCAAUCAAGUAGUUCAUCAGCGACAUCAUCAUCAUCAACUGGAUCAAGUCAUGGUAGAUCAUCAACAGGUACAACAACAAUAGAUAAUAGGAUCAAUGAUCAUUUCACCAAUACACCUACACACAAGAAUGAUCACAAUGAUAAACACGUUGAAGUCGAUGACCACAACAACAAUCACAAGAACAUACAGCCGACACCAACACCAGAGUUCAAACCAACGAUCUUUGUAUCUUUGGCCUCAUACAGAGACGUUUGGUGUUCAGACACCAUUAACUACUUGUUCAAGAAUGCAGAUCAUCCAGAGAACGUAUUUAUCGGCCUGGUCGACCAGGGCUCAGAGUUGUUGGAGGUGGUCGAGCCCGAACAUCCAUCAUAUCCCAACUCACUAUGUUAUCGCGGUCUAACCGUGUCACCAGAGUUGAUCAAGAGCAAUGUAAGACGCGUCACUUUGGAGAAGGAUAAGGCACGCGGACCAACACUGGCACGUCACCUGGCAUCGACACUCUAUCGCAAUGAGAUGUACUUUAUGCAGAUAGACAGUCAUUUGCGGUUCAUCAAGGGUUGGGACACAUUCGCCAUGUCCAAUCAUUGGUCGCUGCGUGGCAUCGCGCCCACUUGCAAGCAUGGUGUGCCCAAGGCCAUCCUCACACACUAUCCAAUGCCGUGGGAGGAAAGCAACCCGGGCCUGCCCAGUGACGACCAACAUCAGGUGCCUCGUCUGUGCAAGGCGAUCUUCCACGAUCAGGGUCUCAUCACGUUCAAUUCUUUCAUUCUCCCCGCGACCAAAAUACCCAAGGAAUGUCCGUUUGCUGCGGCCGGAUUCUUCUUUGCGCCUGGAGAGAUCAUGGACUCGGUGCCAUACGAUCCCCACUUGCCCAACAUGUUUGAGGGCGAGGAGAUCUUGCACUCGGCGCGUCUGUGGGCCGCUGGCUUCCGUUUCUACGGACCCACACUCAAUCUAUGCUAUCAUUACUACAUUAGAGAGAAGCAUCCCAAGUUCUGGGACGACAACAAGACGUACUAUAACGAGAUGUCCGAUAGCACUGAGCGUGGAAAAUAUAUCCUUGGUCUGGUGCACGACGAAGUCGAUCUCACGCUCCCGAAAUACAGUGAACUGGAUAAAUAUGGCAUGUCCAAGAAGACCGCCGCAGACUUUUGGAAUUACAUCGAGGUGAACAUUCCACUCAACACACAGAAUGAAUCAAAAUGGUGUACCAACUAA